AGAAGGAGCGGGCCCAGUUUUUCGGAGGGAGUAUCAGGGGUGUUUGUGAGCGUCUAGGGCCGGUCGGUGCCGAGGAAAGGAAGAGGGCACCAUGGCUGCCCUGCUACUGCUUCCCCUGCUCCUGCUGCUGCCUCUGCUGCUACUGAAGCUGCACCUCUGGCCGCAGUUGCGCUGGUUCGCGGCCGACUUGGCCUUCACGGUGCGCGCCCUCCGCUGCAAAAGGGCUCUGCGAGCUCGUGUGCUGGCUGCGGCUGCCGCCGACCCAGAAGGUCCGGAGGGGGGCUGCAGCCUGGCCUGGCGCCUCGCGCAACUGGCUCGGCAACGCCCGGCGCACACCUUCCUCAUUCACGGCGCGCGGCGCUUUAGUUACGCGCAGGCGGAACGUGAGAGUAACCGGGCUGCGCGCGCCUUCUUGCGCGCGCAGGGCUGGGACCCGGGACGCGGCGGAGGCGUCAGGGCGGCGGGGAGCCAGUGGGCAGGAGACCCAGCAGCCGGAAGCAGCGCGGAACCUCCAAAGGAUGGGGUGGCCGGAGAUGAAGGAGCCAUGGCCCCUCUGGCACCUGGGGCGACCGUGGCGCUUCUCCUCCCCGCCAGCCCAGAAUUCCUGUGGCUCUGGUUCGGGCUGGCCAAGGCCGGCUUGUGCACGGCCUUCGUGCCCACCGCUCUGCGUCGGGGCCCCCUGCUGCAUUGCCUUCGCAGCUGCAGUGCGCGCGCGCUGGUGUUGGCGCCAGAAUUCCUGGAGUCCCUGGAGCCCGACCUGCCGGCCCUGAGAGCCCUGGGGCUCCACCUGUGGACUACGGGUCCUGAAACCCAUCUUACUGGAGUCAGAGAUUUUCUGGCUGAGGCAGCAGCCGAAAUAGAUGAGCCUCUGCCGGGAUACCUCUCUGCCCCCCAGAACAUGAUGGACACGUGCCUGUACAUCUUCACCUCUGGCACCACGGGCCUCCCCAAGGCUGCUCGGAUCAGUCACCUGAAGAUCCUCCAGUGCCAGGGAUUCUACCAGUUGUGCGGUGUCCACCCGGAGGACGUGAUCUACCUCGCCCUGCCACUCUACCACAUGUCGGGCUCCCUGCUGGGCAUCGUGGGCUGCCUGGGCAUCGGGGCCACAGUGGUGCUGAAGUCCAAGUUCUCAGCUGGCCAGUUCUGGGAGGACUGCCAGGAGCACAGGGUGACGGUGUUCCAGUACAUCGGGGAGCUGUGCCGAUACCUGGUCAACCAGCCCCCGAGCAAAGCAGAACUUGGCCAUAAGGUCCGGCUGGCAGUGGGCAGCGGGCUGCGCCCCGACACCUGGGAGCGUUUUGUGCGGCGCUUUGGGCCUCUGCAGGUGCUGGAGACGUACGGACUGACGGAGGGCAACGUGGCCACUUUCAACUACACAGGGCAGCGCGGUGCUGUGGGACGUGCUUCCUGGCUCUACAAGCACAUCUUCCCCUUCUCUUUGAUUCGCUAUGACGUCACCACAGGGGAGCCAGUUCGGGAUGCCCAGGGGCACUGUGUAGCCACAUCUCCAGGUGAGCCAGGGCUGCUGGUGGCCCCUGUGAGCCAGCAGUCCCCAUUCUUGGGCUACGCCGGGGGGCCAGAGCUGGCCCGGGGAAAGCUGCUGACGGACGUCUUCCGGCCUGGAGACGUUUUCUUCAACACUGGGGACCUGCUGGUCUGUGAUGACCAAGGCUUCCUCCGCUUCCACGAUCGCACUGGAGACACCUUCAGGUGGAAAGGGGAGAAUGUGGCCACCACUGAGGUGGCGGAGGUCUUUGAGGCCCUGGACUUCCUUCAGGAGGUGAACGUCUACGGAGUCACUGUGCCAGGGCACGAAGGCAGGGCUGGGAUGGCAGCCCUGGUUCUGCGUCCCCCCCACGCUUUAGACCUUGUGCAGCUCUACGCCCACGUUUCUGACAACCUGCCCCCUUACGCCCGGCCUCGGUUCCUCAGGCUUCAGGAGUCCUUGGCCACCACCGAGACCUUCAAACAGCAGAAGGUUCGGAUGGCCAACGAGGGCUUCGACCCGAGCACCCUGUCUGACCCCCUCUACGUUCUGGACCAGGUCGUCGGUGCCUACCUGCCCCUCACACCUGCACGGUACAGUGCCCUUCUGGCUGGGGAUCUUCGAAUCUGAGACCUUCCAGGCCCGAGGCACCUUGGGAGGGACUCUGGGGCUGCUCUGAGACACGCCCUUGUGGGCACAGCAGCGGCUCUCAGGGAUCUUUUUUAUAUCAGUUUAUUGUCAUUUUAUAAUAA